AUGCGUCUCACAUGCAUGCUCGCAGUGCUCAUCGUGGCCACUUUCCACGCCACUGGCGAUGCGCUUUCUGCGGUUGCGAUCAAUGCUAUCAAUGAUAAUGGUGUUGACAUGAGCAUUCCAGCCCACGUGCAUGGCCAGCGUUUACUGCGUCGUGUCGGAAACGAUGAAGAUGAGAUUAUGAAAGAGAGAACCGGAGGCUUCAUGGAUAAGCUAAAGAGUGUGGCGGAGAAAAUCAAGCCCUCGAAGGCCGUGGAAAAAGUUAAGGAGAUGGUCGUCACGAAACCCGAAUAA